ACAGCCUGUGAUGACGUAUGACGCACUCCUCAGCAUUCUGCGCGGGAGCUUUGGAUCAGGUCUCAACAAGACCACAAGGUUCUAUUCUCGUGAGGUAUGGCUAUGAGGAGUGACGCCCGAGGGGAGGCAGAGGUGGUGGAAGAGGAGGAGAACUUUGGCCCACAGCCUCUCGUCAGACUGGAGCAAUGUGGGAUCAGUGCCAGUGACAUCAAGAAACUAGAGGAUGCAGGCUUCCACACCAUUGAGGCCGUUGCUUAUGCCCCAAAGAAAGAGCUGCUCAACAUCAAGGGCAUUAGCGAGGCCAAGGCUGACAAGAUUCUAACAGAAGCAGCUAAACUGGUGCCAAUGGGUUUUACCACAGCUACCGAGUUCCACCAGCGACGAGCAGAGAUCAUUCAGAUUUCCACUGGCUCCAAGGAGCUAGACAAGCUGCUACAAGGUGGCAUUGAGACUGGCUCCAUCACUGAGAUGUUUGGGGAGUUUCGCACAGGCAAAACUCAGCUUUGUCACACUCUUGCUGUAACAUGUCAGCUACCUAUUGACCAAGGCGGAGGAGAAGGUAAGGCCAUGUACAUCGACACUGAGGGUACCUUCAGACCAGAGAGGCUGCUUGCAGUUGCUGAGAGGUAUGGCCUGGUUGGCAGUGACGUUUUAGAUAAUGUGGCAUAUGCCCGAGCCUUUAACACGGACCACCAGACACAGCUGCUGUAUCAGGCCUCUGCUAUGAUGGCAGAGUCAAGAUAUGCCCUGCUGAUUGUGGACAGCGCCACUGCUCUGUAUAGAACUGAUUACUCUGGCCGUGGUGAGCUGUCGGCGAGACAGGGGCAUUUGGGUCGCUUUUUGCGCAUGCUGUUACGUUUAGCAGAUGAGUUUGGUGUUGCAGUGGUCAUAACCAAUCAGGUGGUUGCCCAAGUGGACGGUGCUGCCAUGUUCUCUGCAGAUCCCAAAAAACCCAUUGGUGGAAAUAUUCUGGCUCAUGCCUCCACCACUCGCCUUUAUUUAAGGAAAGGACGUGGAGAGACCCGGAUUUGUAAAAUCUACGACUCCCCUUGUCUACCAGAGGCUGAAGCGAUGUUCGCCAUUAAUGCAGAUGGAGUGGGAGACGCUAAGGAUUAAAAGUAAACCGAGAUAUUCUCUCUUGGCCCAUUCUGUGACUAGUAUGCGAUGAAUGCACAGUGGAGAUGCUGAGAGCAUCUGUCUUAAACAACAGCCACAAGUGCUGUCUGUGCUGUCCAUUAAUUUACACCUUUAAUUUGUAACUGUUUCUGGUGUCGAUAUGUGUUUGUGUGAAGUCUAUAUAUUAGAAUUUGAACAUAAUGUAUCAUUGCAUAUAAUAUCCAUAAUCUAGCUAAAGAAUUAAUUUUCCUUUUAACAAUUUUCCAUUCAAAUUGUCUCGAGUAUCUAGACUCGCUGUCAUCUUGCAGUAGCAGAUGUGAAAAAUGUCUCCAGACUUGAUCUCAUAGUUUAUUUCUCUGUACAGUAUGUUAUAAAUUACAUGUUUUAUCAAUACAACAAUCUUGUUAGUAUGCUUUUAUUUAUGCAAGGAGAGUGAUUUUGACUGGUCAGUGCAGAAUUGGCUCACAAUAAAGCAAGAUUUACACAAAAGGU